AUGUCCAAAGACUUCAUUAUCAAGCACAUGAACGCCGAUCACGGCGACUCACUCCAGCUCUACCUACAAGCAUUCAACAAGAUCAGCGCUCGCGAAGCCCGUGGUGCCCAAAUCGAAGACCUCACCCUCUCCAACCUUGUCAUCCGCGCCAAUGGCACCCGCUACAAUGUUCCCAUCGACCCUGCCAUGAAAGACUUCAGCGAGUCUCGUGGCCGCCUGGUCGCACUGCAUAAGGACAGCCUGCAGCUCCUAGGCCGCUCCGACAUCACACUGACCGAGUACCGAGCUCCACGGGGAGUUAUCCAGAAUGUGGUAUUCGCUCUGUGUCUCUUCACCUACGUGAGCUGCUUUCAGCGCAGCAAUCUGCUACCGGGCUCAUUCGUCUACGAAAACCUCGGAUACAAGUAUGUUCCGGACUUUGCGCAUUGGGUCUACAAUAUCCAGCCGUUACUGUUCCCAGCUGUGUUAGGUAUUCAUGUCGUCGAGUCCGCUCUUUUGGCCAUCCUCAAGUUGAAGCCGCAUGGAGUUCCAGUCUUGUCGGGGCUGUGGUGUAAGUGGAUGGCUUCUUGCUUCGUGGAAGGGUUUGGGUGUUUCCAGCGGAUCGCGGAGUUCGUCAAGGAGGAGCGGGCGAAGAAAGGCGAGAAGAGCAAGUAG